CUGAAGCAGGUGCAGGGUCUGUGUCUGGAACCGAGUCUCCUGCAGGAUCUGGGUCCGGAUCCGGGGCAGGAUCUCAAGGAGGACCCGGGUCCCAGACCGGAUCCGGACCUAGUUCAGCAGGUGGCGGACCCAGCUGGCUGAACGAGUCCUCCUGCGGCCAGACUAAGUACGACACGCGGAUCGUCGGCGGUGGCCCAGCGCAGCCCAACGCCUACCCCUGGCUGGUGGGUCUUGUGUCUCCGAGGGGUCAGAGUCCGUUCUGCGGCGGCAGCAUCAUCAACGAACGCUUCGUCCUGACGGCCGCUCACUGCGUCAAGGGUCGGACGUCGAGCAGACUGAACGUGAUGGCUCGGAAGCACCAGCGCAGCAGCGAUACUGACCAGGUUAGGGUUCAGGUGGAAAAGAUCAUCAUCCACCCCGGAUACAACCGGUUCACCCAGGACAAGGACCUCGCCCUGAUAAAGCUCUCUAGCUCACUCCGUAGCCUGAUCAACGACGCGGACGGGCGCGUGCGGCCCGUUUGCCUGCUGAGCGCCGCGUGCGGCGGCGGCGGCUCGUGUCUGGCCGGCCAGAAGGCCAUACUCGCCGGUUGGGGCGUCACCAAGCCCGGCACAUCCAGCACACCGGCCACCGUACAGCAAGUGAUCGUGCCGAUCAUGACGAACGCGGCGUGCGCGGCCGCCUAUGCCGCCGACGGGAUCGGCAUCACGUCCCGCAUGGUGUGCGCCGGCCUGGACGAAGGCGGGAAGGACACGUGCCAGGGCGACAGCGGCGGGCCCAUGAUGUUGAAGGGUGCUGACAACGUCUACACCCUGGCCGGCAUCGUCAGCUUCGGCAAGGGCUGCGCGGUGCCGGGCAACCCGGGAGUCUACACUCGCGUGUCCGAAUUUUAUAACUGGAUCAAAGAUAAUAGCCGCGUGUAGAGGCGAGCCCAUACCUACCCUUCAAGCGAAUGAGGUGCGCCUAAUUGUUUCUGUUGUUUGCUGUUUGUUGUCUGUUAUGUUACUUUGUUACCACGUCUUGUGUCUGGCGGGAAUAUCUUGAUCAUCUAUCUGUUGUUUCGAGAAGAUUUAUCUAGUGAACAAUGUUGCGAAUUUUAU